AUGCUAUUCUUUGACUACCUCUUCACGGCUGGCCUGUUGGCUGCCACGCUACCUGCUGCCCAGGCAUAUGCCACUAAAAGGUCACAAAUGCUACGAACCGUCGUAACGACAGACCUGGAGCAGGACGACUUAGCCUCUCUGGUCCGUUACCUGCUAUACACCAAUGAACUCGAUACCCAGGGUAUCAUUUACACAUCUAGUCGAUACCACUGGUCUGGUGAUGGCAAUGGCACCAAGUUCUUUAUCUCCGACAGAGAAUACAGCACUCCACAGUGGACCUGGCGUUGGACGGGCACGCGGACCAUCCAAGAUAUACUCCUCCAGGUGUAUGCCGAGGUUUAUCCGAAUUUGAACUGCCAUGAUCCAUUUUACCCUACGCCGGAUGAGUUGUUGUCUAAGGUCAAAAUUGGCAAUAUCAAUUUUGAGGGUGAAAUGGAACUUGACACUGACGGUUCGAAUCUGAUCCGGUCAUUGCUUCUGGAUAAAGACCCGCGACUUUUGUACUUGCAGGCAUGGGGUGGAACCAACACCAUCGCUCGUGCCCUAAAGUCAAUCGAGGAGCAACACUCAAAGUCACAGCAGUGGAAUAAGACCAGAGACGCCAUUUCUCGCAAAGCGAUCAUCCUGGCUAGUGGCUUCCAGGAUGAGACAUACGCGGACUACAUUGCCCCCAACUGGCCACAGAUCCGGGUUGAGGAGCUCUCAGCUGGAUACAAAACGUGGGGUUACAAUUGCAAGGGUAUGGGUAAUCCCCGUGGCUAUCCGGACGACGAAGAAUACUUCUCGGGUGAUUGGAUCAAGGCGCACAUAGAAACAGGACCUUACGGGAAGCUCUAUCGUGCUUGGCUCGACGGCCAGUCAAUGCCAGGUGACCCUGAGGAUGUCUUCGGGAAUUUGGCAGAGCUGCAAUCUUCAAGCCAAUGGUGCAAGCCGACUGGUUCGUACGGCUUCUUGUCCGAGGGUGACAACGUCGUCUUCAAUCCCUUGUUGACGACCGGUCUCCAAGACCCAGCUAAUCCGACACUCGGUGGCUGGGGUGGCCGAGCUGUUCAAAACACCACUUCGCCGAACCUAUGGAAGAUGGUUGAAAGCGAGAAGAACCACACUGGUUAUGAGGCCGCUUACUAUACAACGGAUCGUUGGGCAGCCGCUGUCCAAAAUGAUUUUGCUGCUCGGAUACAGUGGACCUUGACAGCGAACUAUACACGUGCCAACCAUGCCCCGGUGGUCAAGUGUCUGAACGGAACUGAAGUGAAUGCGCGUGCUGGACAAACAGUGAUGUUGGCAGGUGUAGUUAGCGAUCCUGAUCUCGACAAGGUCACCACAUCCUGGUGGCAAUAUCUCGAAGAGGGGACGUACCCAGGGGUUGUGACUGUGACUGAGGGUGGCAACAAUACGGCGAAUAUUGCAAUUCCUGCAGAUGCAAAGGCUGGUCAAACCAUCUCAAUCAUUCUACAAGCAACGGAUGACGGGCAGUUCCCAUUGACCCGAUAUGGCCGUACUUUCAUCCAUGUGAUCUAA